AUGCCUACCAUAAAGAAGUCGAACCUCCACAUGGUCGUACUCUGUACCUCUGACGAGGUUUGUGACUGGUGGGACAAAUUCUUCACCGACAAUGGGUUUAACGCUAAUGAUGGACAGUACUUAAUUCGCCCCGUCGGAACCUCAGCGAAGGAAUUAUCCGAUGAGAUCAUCGCCUCUGUCAACGAACUGAACUGCGUACUCAAAACCACCACAACGGGACCACCCGAGACAAGCACUCACACCAAUACUGACACUACCACCACUUCUCCAAGCUCCGGGACCACUACCACCACUUCUCUGAGCUCCGGGACCACCACCACCACUUCUCCCGGCUCCACGACCACGGACACGACGCGGGGCUCCACGACAACGGACACGACGCCGGGUACGACGCCGGAUACAACGCCGGGUAAGAACCAAGGGCCAGUCAUCAUUGGGAGCGCGGCGGCUGGAACCCUGGCUCUUCUGCUGGGCGCGGUCGGAGCCUACCGCCAGCUCACAGGCGCACCGCCGGAGCUCGACGUGGAGGAAGAAGAGGGCGGCAACGACUACGGCAAUGGCGCCCAGCGAGAAGCGGUGGUUGCCGUGGACGAACAGCAGUACGCCUAA